GCUAUUUAUACGACAUUGUCAGGCGUCUCGAACGGUGGCGGCGAUGACGGAAGAGAGAAAGUCCAUCCGACCAUCUCAAUCGCUUCCCGUCCUCGAAGCCGUGCGCACUGCAAAGCGGCUGUCGAUGCCACGAGGUGAUAGCAUCAAGGCCAUUGAGGCCACAUCGACACCAGAAGCCAAGCUCUCGGCGCGCGGCGUGUGCCACCGAACGAACGCGCAUUUUGAGGGUCUUGUCAAGUCGUCCACGUGGGUGCUCAAGAAUGCCUUGUCGUCCGAAGUGGGCCGGCCUGUACGCGAAGCCCACGUUCGAUUCGGCCGAGCCUACGCCUACUACCGGCUCGGGCAGUACAAGAAAGCUCUGCAAGACUUUACCUCGUGCAUCGACAUGGACCCUGCGUGGGCAUUGGCUUACUUUGAUCGAGGGUGUACGCACUAUCACAUGGGAAAGCUCGACCGUGCGAUCCACGACAUAUCCAAAGCCAUCAAGUUUGACCCGAAGAACAAGACGUACCUCGACAGCAGGGCGAUGCUGUAUCGAGAGCACGGUCACUUUCGCGAGGCCAUUGCCGACUACAACCGCAUCGAAGGGCUCAAGAUCGUCCCGCCGGACGAAACCAUCUUUGGCCUGGAAGCGGCCGUCGCCACGCACAACAUUACAGAGCGGCGGCCAGCGGCCAAGAAUUCGCACGAAGAGCUGGACCCGCGCAUCAUGAGUGUCUUUCGCUACAAGCCCAAGGAGCGGCCGGAAGCGGCGAUUCUCAGUGGGUACCAGAUUGCCAAGUCGUGGCGCGUCUUUGAGCGCGAAAGUCAGAAUGUGAUUGUGGACUUCUUACAAGUCGGUCGCCUCGAAUCGUACGCUGCACGGAGCUACAUUUUCCGGCAAGGCGAUGACGCGACCCACUACUAUAUCAUUAUGGCUGGCAGUGUCGUCGUCACGACAGAAACCAUUGAAAAUGGGCAAGUCAAGACGCAAAAACUCUGCUCGCUUUUUGAAGGCGACGGCUUUGGCGAACCGCGCGAGAUUCCAGGUCCGCGCCGCGCGUCCGUGCUCACGUCCGACACUGUGCACUGCCUCGUGGUCUCGCACCGGUUUUACCAAAGCAUCAUGGAGCGCCACGUGCAAAGCCAGCUCGAAGAAAAGUGUGCUGUGUUGCGCAAGUGCCGCGUGUUUGAUACGUGUACCGACGAGGUGCUCCAGCGUGUGGCGCAAAUGUCCAGUCUCCUCAUGUUCCAGCCGUAUCGAACCGUGAUGAAAGCUGGCGACAUGGUCGACAAGCUCUACGUCAUCAAGCGAGGCGUAUGUACCGUCAAAAAGUUGCUUCCGAUUGAUGCCAAGCACGGCGACAGCGCCAGCCGCGAGGUUGGUAGCUCGGUCCCAAGAAAGAGUGCGCAAGGAUUGUUGCAGAGCAAACGAUCAUCUAGUAGUAUCAAGCGUUCAAAGGUGCCCGAGUGCUACGACGGCUCGUGGGCCGUGGACAAUGGCUGGCAACUGACCAAUCCGCGUCUCCGCAGCGAAUUUACGCCCGAAGACAAGGACGCGGAAACCAUUGAAGUCACGAUUGCAACCCUGUCGACGGGCCAAGUGUUUGGCGAAGUGUGUGUGUUGCGGCAUAACCAGUCGUCGACGAUUUCCGUCACCUCGGACACACUUCUCGAAGUGCUCGAGCUCAACCAGAACGGUCUCGCGCAACUCAAUCUCAAAUUCAACAGCCGCACCAUGAACGCACUCCAAGACUCGUUCCUGUACCAUAACCCGCCGCAUCCAAAAAUGGCACACCUCUUUGGCGAACAGCUUUCGUGGCGCCAGGAAAAAUCGCGCAUCGUGCUCGAGGUGCUGGAAGACAGCCCCGGGUAUGGCGUCGUCAAGCGCGCGACGCUGGAUCGGCACUCGACGUUGGACCCGACGACAUUUUAUAUCAAUUAACAUUACCAUUUGCUGUUGUA